AUGCAUGCAACAUACGGCGUCGGUGGUGGAAGCAACAACUGCGGCAACAGUCUCAACAGCGUUUGCAAUCAGCAGCAAUUCAGUAACUACAGCAACAUCAGCUGCAGCAGCAGCAACAACAAUAACAUGAACGCCAACGGUUACCUUGGCGCCGGCUGCAGCAGCAACGGCAGCAGCAAUGAUUAUAUGGCCAAUGCGACGGCAGCUGCAUAUGUGACACCAGCAACAGCAGCAGCAGCAAUGGCAACAACAACAACAAUGCCAGCGGCAGUGAACACAACGACAAUGCUGUCUAAUUACUGCGAUGCAGCGACUAUGAUGAUGGCCGCUGCCGCUGUCAAUGCAAAUCAGUGCCUGCAACAACACCACCAACGUCUGCUGCUGGCCAGCAGCAACAGCAGCAGCAACAACAGCAGCAUCAGCAGCAGCAACCACGAGCAACUGGCCACGGCAGCGAACAUGGCCUCCGCCUCCUCGUCUUCGGCGGGGUCGCUGUCAUCGACAUCGUCCACGCCGACAGCAACGACAACCCAGCAGCAACAGCAACAGCAGCAACUGUCACUGCAGCAACAGUCGCUGCCAUCGCCGCCAAAUUUAAUCGAUAUCAGUGAAGUUCCUCUCAUUGUGGAUGUCAAGUAG